AUGUUUUCCUCAAGUCCCUAUUAUGCCCCUGGGGCGCCACAACAGCCUAUGGGCAUGGUGCAUCCUGGUAUGGGGAUGAUGGUUCCCGCACCGCCAACGACGACGAUCCUUCCGCCUACCCCACCUACGCCACCUAAAGAAGGACCCAAGAAACGUAAACGAGGGGCAAUCGAAAAACGCCGGCGUGACAGAAUCAACAAUUGUCUCAACGAACUCCGACGCCUAGUGCCGGCCGCUUUUGAGAAGCAGGCGUCGGCCAAGCUGGAGAAAGCUGAGAUACUCCAGAUGACCGUGGAACACCUUCGUGGCUUAGAAGCUAAAGGUCUCGGAGCUCUCGCCAACGAUCCUCAGAAGUUCGCUAUGGAAUAUCACAGAGUGGGCUUCAGGGAGUGCGCCGCCGAAGUGGCACGCUACCUGGUAGCCGUCGAGGGGAUGGACCUCCAGGACCCUCUGCGUCUAAGACUGCUUUCUCACCUGCAAUGCUACUCCAACCAACGAGAGACGGCACCGUUGCCGGCCGUGGUCCCGUCUGCGAUGAAAUCUCCGUCCAGUCCGAACUCUUGGAAUCCCCCGGAGUCGCCAAGUCUUCCCCCUCAUCCUCCGACCUGCGUGCAAAACGAUCCAAUGGGCGGCUACUCGCCGUACGGAACGACUACUCAGACACGUUUUCUCACGUCGUCUCCGCCGCCGCAGAUGAAUUCGCACAUGCACUCAUCGUAUUUUAUGCCGCCCUGUUCGGUAUCGUCCGACGUGAAACCGUACAGACCGUGGGGAAGUGAAGUCGCCUACUAG